AUGGCCACGGCGGCGGCGGCGGUGACCCUUCUCCUCCUCCACCUCGUUCUCCUCGCCUUUCCGACAUCCUCGUCGGGCUCCACCAUCCACGACCUCCUCAGAAGCCGAGGUUUGCCGGCGGGUCUCUUCCCCAAGAACGGCGUCAGCUCAUACGAGCUCGGCCAAGAUGGGAUUUUGCAGGUGUACUUGGACCGGCCCUGCGUCGCCAAAUUCGAGACCAGGGUUUCGUUCGAGAGCCUGGUCAGAGCCAAUUUGAGCUAUGGCGGGCUCAUAGGGGUCGAGGGUUUGUCUCAAGAAGAGCUCUUUUUGUGGCUGCCUGUUAAGGACAUCAUCGUCUACGAUCCUUCAUCUGGGCUCAUCUUGUUCGACAUUGGCGUGGCUCAUAAACAGAUGUCGCUUUCGUUGUUCGAGGAGCCUCCCAUUUGCUAUCCUCAAGGUGAGCUGUUGGAGGAGAAUUUGGAAUUGGGGUUUGGGUUUGAAGAUAAGAGAUGA